GUAGAACGUAAUCAUCGACGAAGACUUCGAACUUCCCAUUGACUAAGACGACUUAUUGACUUACGUUCUUCUUGAAUUCAGUUGAUGAGCAAGACUCAAUCACUCAGAUUUUGUUAACAUGGAUCAUAUGAUAAAGGUAACUCCAGCUUGUCCUUCCAAUAUGGUUGCUUAUCUGAUCCUUGUUUGGUCCAAGGCCAUGGAGUACUGCUUACUGCCCACGAUACGAUUUCUCGUGUCGGUCCUCGACGGAUUCUUCAUACGUUUCUUAUCAAAACCCGUGACGCUGCAGAUCGAAGAGUACCACGGCACGAGCACGCGUAACAAAGUCUACGAUGCGUUAGAUCUUUACUUGAAAGACAAGAUCAGCCCUUCAGCUCGGCUUCUCAAAGUUGCGCAAGCUCGUAAAGAGACUAAUUUCACCGUCCAGUUUUCGAACAACCAAGAGUUUGAUGACUCGUACGAAGGGAUCCAGCUGAAAUGGAAGUUCGUUUCCGUUUCCAAGAAUUUCAAGUACAAUCCAACUUCCUCUUCAUCAUAUAACAGUGUUCCAGAGAAAAAGCAAUACUUUGAACUUGUGUUUGACUUGCGACACAAGGAAAAGGUCAUGAAUUCUUACUUGCCUUAUGUCAUGGAGAGAUUUAAGGCUAUGAAAGAAGAAGGCAAAGUUGUGAAGCUGCAUACACUUGUGAGGUUAGAUGCUUUUAAGAUCAGAUGGGAGGCAAUCAAUCUCGAACACCCGGCAACGUUUGAGACGGUGGCCAUGGACCCGGAGCUGAAGGCUGCGGUUGUGGAGGACUUGGACAGAUUUGUGAAGAGGAAGGAGUUCUACCAAAGAGUGGGAAGAGCUUGGAAGAGAGGGUAUCUUCUAUAUGGUCCUCCAGGAACUGGAAAGUCGUCCCUGAUAGCUGCCAUGGCUAAUUACCUCAAGUUUGAUGUCUUUGAUUUGCAACUUACACAUUUGAAAACGGAUAUGGAAUUGAGAAAGGUGUUGCUGGCAACAACAAAUAAGUCAAUCCUUGUGAUUGAGGACAUCGAUUGUAGUCAGCCGGCGGUUCAAGAUCGGAAACAAAAUAAUUAUGGCAUAAAAAAGCCCGAGUUUGAAGGCAAUCAGCUUACGCUAUCCGGACUACUAAACUUCACAGAUGGGCUGUGGUCUAGUUGUGGAGAAGAGAGAAUCAUUGUAUUCACUACCAAUCACAAGAGCAAGCUCGACUCUGCAUUGCUUCGUUCUGGACGAAUGGACAUGCACAUCCACAUGUCGUUUUGCACGUACGAGGGCUUCAAAACGCUGGCUUGCAAUUAUCUCAAAAUCUGUGGAACCCACCCUUUGUAUGAGAAGAUUGAAACCCUACUGCAGAAAACAAAGGCCACGCCUGCACAAGUGGCAGAGGAGCUAAUGAAGAGUGAGGAGGCUGAAGUUGCACUCCAAGGUCUCAUCACAUUUCUAGAGGAAAAGAAGAACAAUGUGAAAGAUGAAUACGAGGAUGAUGACGAUGAUAAUGAUCAUAAACAAUUAACAUACUUUAUUUGAUAAGGGUCAGGGGAUUCAUCUUUUGUUUUCACGGCCUGGCCCUAGAGAUAAAGAAUGAACGCCGCAAAACUCAUCCAUGUCUAAGCCACAUCCUUUAGGAUUUGAGCUCGAGAUGCAGUGGGUGAAGAGGACAACUUUAACAACCAGAGCAAUCCACCACUUGCCCACUUUGAUUACGUUACCAAUUUUCACGUGCCUUUGUUCAAUGAAGUUCCAAAUGAAGGCAUUCCAACUUGUUUAUUAAAAAGGAAAUGUAAAAAAUUUAUUAAUAUAGUUGCUGCAUGCAUAAGUAAAACAGACCUUUCUGUGAUUCUGAAUCAAAAAAUAAUCUAUCAAUACAUAUUCCAAACCAA